UUCAAAGCGUCACUAAUUUCACAUUGUUCCGCAACUUCUACCUUAGGGACUAUGACAAAGUUGCUUGUCGUAGCUGUAGCACUAUCUAUUCUCGUCUUGGCGACGGAAGCUUUUGUCGGGCCUUCGUCAAUCAAGACGUUCACUGUGGAUCGAUCGCAGAAGACUGUCAAGUCAUUCCCGCAGGGGGGAUUUUUUACACAGCACUCUAUACCUCUGGUCGGGCCGAUGCGAGCCGAAGCUGAUGGAAAGGUAGAGAAAACCAAGCUUCCGUUCUGGCUGGACCCUGGUACUAAAGGAGGUGCCGUUUUUCUGAGUUUGGCGCUCUUUCUGUUUCCCAUUCUUGUCUACUCCAUCAUGACCACGUUUUUCGGGUUUGAUGAAAUCGAAACGGGAAAAUGGAUUGGUAUUGGAUUCACUGUAUUGGCAACUUUGGGAUGGGUCAGUACUUACCUGUUCCGUGUAGCAACGAAAGAUAUGACCUAUGCCAAGCAACUAAAGGACUACGAAAACGCUGUGAUUGCCAAGCGGUUGGAAGAGCUCGACGAAGACGAAAUACAGGCACUGCAGGAGGAGGUAGAGCGAGAUGCUUUCUGAUUGAUAGUGAAUGCGCUCAGCCCUGGAUCCUCUAAAUGCCAGAGACAUCAAUCCUCCAGCUUAAUCUUUGCUUAAUCCUUUCUGGCUAUUUC